UUUCUUCUUUUUUUUUUUAAAUACAGUUUCCUUAUUUGUAUUUCCCCGAUAUUUUCAUUUCCCUGAAUGUACUACACUGACUGAUAUAUCCAAAAAUACAAAGGCCUUUUGAUCAGAAUUUGGUUUAUUUGCCUUCUGACCUUCUAUUUCCAGAUAUCAAUUCAAACUUUGUCAGUAUUUGGAUUCUCAUUUGAUUAAGAAAAUGCUCUCCCUAUCAGAGGAAGGCAUGUUGAUAUGGCUUAAUGGUGAAAGUGAAUGAAUAUAGAAUUGAUGCACCACAGGUUAUUCAAAGCCUUUUGUCCAAUAAGUGAACCGAAGAAAAUAGCUGCGCAAGAUUGGUUUAUAUUGUUGGGGAAAUAAUGAGUACAUUAUGAACACAAUCAUGAUCUUUGUCAACAAGUAUUUAAAACAUUAUUUUAACAUUCUGUUUAGAGAGGAAAAAAUAAGGUCGACCCUACAGGCCUCGAUCAGUUCUUUCUCUCACAGAAUGCACAGUUUUUGGUUUACAUCCUUUACUUACAUAGGAUUUUACAACUUAUAUACUCUGGGGGAAACCGAAUGAUAUUUAUAGAUUUCUUAUGAUUCAUCGCUUAAAUUGGAUUAAAAUUGCCUCACGCGAGUAAAUAGGUGCUUGGUGAAAAAAAAAUGAGGAUUUAAAAAGUGAAUUAAAGAAAUUAUUCCCACAAUUAUGAAUUUUAAUCAAUACCUUUGUACUAUUGGUAAGGAGAAUAAAGAAUUGAUAUAUAGGUGGACGAGUGAUGUAGUAUUUGUUUGUACAGAGCGCAGUUAUAACCCUAGCUGGUGAUGGGUUGGAGCUGGAGGGGAUCGAAGCCCUCAAAAUCCUUGUUAUAGUUUAAUCGGAAAUAUAAGUUAGAUGGAAAAUUGACAUGUUUAGAAUCUCUAGAAGUUUUAAGAGGUAUGAGGGCUGAAGUAUCAGCAGAAGAAAAUGAACGAUCUUUGAGGCCUAUUGGAUCAUAUACAUUUUUUCUGAAUAUUAUUUUCUAUUUAUUGAAAGUUAAUGAGUCAUUUCUAUGAAUAAUAAUGGUAAUCUUUUUUAUUUGUCGUGCUAUAUUUAACGUGUGGAUAUGUCUAUAGUUAGCGGGAAACGAUAAAAAUAGCGAGCUUUAAGUGUAGGAUGGAAAACCCAAUAUAAUAGUGCAUCUGUCGUGUUUUCGAUUCGCCAUGUUUUGCUAUGGAUAUCGUCUAUGUCCACAUCUUACCAAUUGCUUUUAUUCUAGAAGCAAACAUUAUGAUAUGUACCACAAUGUCACAGUGCGGUGUACACGAAUUCCAAAAGCAACUCGGAAAUAGUACAGGAACUCAAUGCGUCCCUUGCCGAGAGUGUCCGAGUGGAUAUAGGGAGGUUUCGCUGUGUAGUGACGUCACAGAUACGGAAUGUGAACGUUGUCCGAGAGACACAUUCUACAAAUUGACUCACAGAGACAAAAUGUGCCGAGAGUGCAGAAAGUGUGCAUUGUCAACUGAGAAGUCCAGUUGCUUGAACGACACUACUAUCAACUGUUCUAUUGAUUGCAAAAAUGCAGAACCUCUACCGAGUUGCAAGUCAUGCUCUGUUUGCAGGAGAAAUGAAUUUGUGAAAACCGGUUGCACCACCACUGAAGACACAAUUUGUCAGCCUUGUAAACAGUGCAGAAAACACCAUUUUGUCAUCAAAAAGUGCACACGUCUUAAAAAUACCCAAUGUAAACAAUGCAGCAGGUGUGUAAAAGGUAAAUCUUAUAUCUACAAGCGAUGCAGAAAACACAGAAACACACAGUGUAGACGAUGUUCCACUUGUCCACCGGGAUCGUACGUCCAACGAAAGUGCACCAGACACCGUGAUACUAAGUGCGCCCCCUGUCCCAAAGAUAGUGUUGAUGACGUCAUGUGCAACAGGUGUCCCCGUGGUACUUACCAUAAUAAGUCCUCUACCAACAGGACUGACUGUGUGUCGUGUGAUUAUGGUACUUAUAUGGACCUAGAAAGUCAUGAUUUGGGAAUCUGUAAAACCUGUCGCCGUUGUGGACCACAUGAAGAGACAGUGCAGGCUUGUAAUACUACUCACGAUACGAAAUGUGGUCCAUGUUCGCAUGGUUUCUUUCGUUUGCCCUCCUCUCAUACUUGUGUGAAGUGCUCAGAGUGCCCAAAACACCAAACCAACUUCACUAGUCUUGUUGUAGACGAAUGUCAGCGGCAAAUGAACGGCACAAACAAACUCUGCAUGCCGCCUGCUCCACCAGUUCUGCUGAUUGUUGAAUCGGGUCAAGGUGAACAUGGGGCUCACAAUGAAGACAGGGAUGGGAAUGAAACAAAACCAGACAUAGCCAGACACCAGUUUACCCACGACAAAACGGGGACCAGUUCAACAGUUGUGACUACUACCAAUGAUGGAUCUGAAAUUGAUAAUGGGAGCAAGAACAUACCAUUAUCCCGUUCGGGAAAAAAUAAAGAUCGAGAACUUCUUACCACAACCAAAUUGUUUGCACAUGGAAGUGAAACAUUCACAAGCGUGAAAGACAGUAACAUACCAUUCUCCAAUCCUCUCAGAUUAAUAUCCACUGUUUUUGCAGUGAUCCUCUUUCCAGUUAUAUUUUCUCUCAUUGUAAUGAUGUGGUUAAAAUUGCGAAGAUCGAAAGGAAAAAGUUUGGUUUUAAUCAAGAAACACGUGUAUAAACAGGGUACUGUUUCCAUACCAACUCUUUUUUCUACUAAUUCUAUCACCGACUGUUUCGAUUUGAGCAUCCAGUACAAUAAGACUAACCCAAAGUACAAUAGUGACCCUGAAUUUUUCAAGUGGAAUUUGAAUGGUGAUUUCGAACCUUUAAAUAUGAAUGACAGAAGAGCGUGUACAUUAUAUUCUAAGUCAAGAUCGUUAGGUACUGUCAAUGCCGUGGACUUUGAAUUUUGGAACGAUCGAUCACUUCCGAGGAGUAAGUGUACCAUAAGGUACAAUGCCUAAGAUCAUCCCCGAGGAGAAACGAUGGCCGUGUCCUUCUCAUUUUCUAGCGCAUAUAUAAACUUCUGGUAUUUGUUAUAUCAUUGUCUCAGCAGCUGAUUAAAAUUCUAAAUCAACAAGUGAUUUUAACAUGUGACCAAAUAUCUAAAUUAUAUUGCUUUCAGUGGUCUCGACAAAUGUAAAAAAGAAUUUUAACUUUAUUCGCAAUUAAAACAUUUGAAAUAUAAGCUGAUUCUAAAUAUUGACAGAUAUGCCCUGUUACCUUUAAAUGAACAAAAUUUGUUUUUACAAUGUAUUAUCUGCCAUGAAAGGAAAAGAAUUGUCAGUCAUUAAAGACAUCGCCAAAAAUAUACAUAUUUCCAACUGGACACAAUCAAAGGAAGAUGUCGAACAGCUCGGGUCUAACGGAAACCGUCGACGCUUUUAGUGGGACGUAUCUAAGAUGGUUGGAAAAGGAUGUUUUACCAAUGAUUUCAGGAACCUUUCUUUUGUGUAUCUUUCUUUGUGGAUUAAUCUUGAAUAGUCUUACAAUUCAUGCGGUCCGAAAGAAACGGGUGACGGCGCUUCAUAAACAUCUGUUUCUGCAGUUGGUGGCAGUAGACGUUGUAGCUUAUGUAUUUGUCAUUAUUCCAAACAUUAUAACCUCUUUUGCAAAAGACUGGAUUUUAUCAGAAGCACUAUGCCAAAUAUCGGGAGCAUUUGGAACACAUUGCUUCAUUUGUUUAUUCAUAUUUCUUACUCUCCUCUGUGCGGAGAGAAUGGUAAAAUUGAACAACCCUAACACCCAUGAUGGAUUCUUUGCAAAUACGUGCAUUAGCGUCAUUUUUUGUAUUGUGACGUGGGUAGUGACGUUCAUUGGAAGCGUUCUACCGGUAGCUGGAUGGGGACACAUUCAAUACAUCUCUGCACAGAAUAGAUGCAACAUCCAACAUGACAAAAAUAAGAUAAACAUGAACUUGAUUUUCAUCUUCGGAAUGUUUCUGCCUGCGUCGGUGUCCCUUUGUUUCAACAUUGGAACUUUCCUCCAAAGAAAAGAACUUCUAGGAAGUCUUAAGUCGCUGACAUCCUAUGUUAAUAACGUCAAUGUAAGAGUUAAAAGAAAGAGCAUUGCAGGUGGGGCAACAGAGAACAUUAAACUUGGGGAAAUCAUUAAUAGCCAGAGUCAGUCCUUGACAGACGUAGAGAAUGUUAGUAGAGUGCUGACAGCCACCGACAUAGAGAUCCGCCAGUCCAUGACACACGUGGAUCUGCCCCAACCUCCACGGACACCAACGUACAACUCCGCGAAUGUUGAUCGCCCCAAUUCGAGAAACAGAGUUUCUCCAGUGCAUGAAGAACAGGAGAGACCUCACUCCAGAAACAGCAUAUCACCAGUUACUGAAGUCAUGGGCUCGCGAACAACUCGUUCUGAGAGAGAAAUGAAGAAUAACCUGAUCAAAGAUGGGGUUUCGGUUGACGAAACGACUUUUGAAGCCAAGAGUGUUGCUGUCACGGUUUACAAAAAGUCACAGGAGCAGGUAGACUUUCACCUCGCUGCCACAUACAUGUUGAUCAUGGUCAUUGUGUUUAUUCUAUGGCUUCCUUACAUUAUUGUGUGUUAUGUAGAUGUGUAUGACGUCACUUCCGUUUGGGGCGGGUGGUAUUCCAUUGUUGUGAUAAUUUGUGAUAUCAGCUAUUGUAUAAAACCCAUUGUGUUUAUGUCUCAUAAUCACCUGUUCAGGAAAGCCACAUCAGAAGGUGUACCAGAUAGUUUGAAAACAAGAGUAACGAGAGCGAAGCGGGUGUUAUCGAAAACAGCAAGAAAGGUCGAUGGAAUGAUAUUUUUGAAAAUGGGAGAUGACUCAAGAACACCAAUCAUUAAAGAGUGAAUGUGUCUUCUGCGAUGGUACACCGAAUGCAAUAAAAAUAUAUUUGUCCAUUUUGCUAUUGUGAUUCAAAGUAAAAGGCAUUAUUUUAAAUUGUUGACGUGCUCUAAAUACACUAUUGGUAAAAGAGAGCUAUUUUAAGAACAACAUUUAGAAUGACCUUAAUCGGUAAUCUGAAAUGUUGGCUGAUUAUGAACAGGAUUAAAGAAUUAAUAAUUAAACGGCUCAUUUUCUCUGCUUUACAAGGCCACUAAGACAAAACAUAUGGAGCAUACACAUUGCGGUAAAAAUGUUGAUAUGUAGCUAAAGGAAAAUUUGCAGUUUUUCCGUUCCCCACUGAAAGAUGUCGUCAUCAAUCGUCAGCUCUUUCGGGGGAUCGUUCUUUCAGUGGUUCCAGGACGCGGUUCUACCCUACUUACUGGGUACUGUGACCAUUAUCGUGAUAAUCGUCGCUCUUGUCCUCAACAUCCUUCUGAUUGUCACUUUGAAGAAACGGAAUAUGAUGAAGUACCCAUGUAACCGGUUCGUUUUGGAGUUGUCUGUGAUGGACUUGGUUGCAGUAGCGUUCAUUUUGAUUCCAUCUGUAGUGGCAGCCUUUGCUAAAGCCUGGUACUUGACUGAUUAUUUCUGUUACGUUCACGCGGGACUCAUCAUCUGGUUUCAUCUGAUCACUUUUGGAUUACUCUCGGUCAUGUUUGUUGAGAGAAUGGUGAAGAUCACGAACACGGAUUUGUACGCUAGAGUAUUCAAUUCUUCUCGCGUUGUAUCACUACUGUCAGUGUUUGUGUGGAGUUUUACCAUGCUUGUUACGGCUGCAGGCCUCUCACCAUGGCUGAGUGUUUCUUAUGAUUUUUACCAAGCUUCUUGUGUGAUCCAUUUGGAUGAUAAUAUCUAUUACACUCUUAUUGUUAUCAUGUUUGGAUUGGUGGCAUCCAUCAUUACAUGUAUCGUUACUGUUGUAAAGAUCUUCAGACACAAAAAGCAGGCCGCUGAAAAAGACGCUGUGAAGAAAAAGAACAGUGUUACGUCUAUCAAAGAAGAACCAGACGAGAAAACAAAACUCAGUGGCAAAGGUGGAGCGUUUGGCGGACUUCUUUCUCAAACGAAAGCUAAUAAACAGAGCGCAGGUGCUAGUAAAUCCACGUCAACAACGGGCAUCGGCGCGUCUACCAGUGGACGAGGGAAACCUCCCAGAAACAAGCUGGCGUUAAUGGCAGCCCGCAAAAAGAUCAAGAAGGCAGUAAGCAAAACUAAGGUCACGAAACUAUUUUCGCUGAAGGAGGACAACGGUGAUCCCGAUCUUCACAUGAUGGUGACAUACCUCAUUGUCUGGAUAGCAAUGUUAGUUUGCCAUCUGCCGUAUUUCGCCAUCAACAUCGCCGACUUUGCCGAUUCUGGGGAUAUUUGGGGAGGUUAUUAUAGUAUUACUGUGAUUUUUUUCAUGGUCAGCUACUGCAUGAAACCUGUCAUAUACCUUGCACACAACCGAAAGUAUCGAGAAGGCUAUAAAGAGACGAUGCCCGAGAAGGUAAUAGAGAAAGCUAACACAGCCCGCAAGUCCGUGUCCAAUUUCAUGGACAAACUAGACAAAGCCAUGUUCAAGACACCGGGGAAGAAGAAACUGGACGCUACCCUCAAUACACAUAUGGCUGCCAACAAGUGGCUUAGGAAGGUUAGGAACAAGAAAGGAGCAGGCAAUGUAGCAGGAGGAGGGCUUCUUGGUAAACUAAAACCAAAAACACAGGUUGAGAAAUCCAGUACUGAACCAGAAAACAAGACCACGAGCACAUCCUCAGACCCCAAACCUCCUGCAUUCCAAUCAGAUCAACAACGGGCAGCUAAACCUGUUGUCGAACGUCUUCCAAAAAGUAUGUCGCCUACCACUGCCGAUACUUUUCAGUCUCGUGGCUCUAUAUCUACCGCACGCGAUGUUAAUUUGGCUGAGAGAGUGGCAGUACCGACAGCAUUGGUUGUCAAUGAAACUGCGAGGAGUGGCCGUCAACACGAAUCCUCCUUUACUGGAGACCCUUAUCCAGAGGAGGACAAUUUUGCCCCCACCCAACCAAAUAGAGUCCCCGAAACAAGAGGUAAAAUGAUGUCAAUAAAUACAAAUCAAAACAAAUGGCGUCAGAUCGGCAAGAUGGCACAUGUAUUUGAAAUAGAGGACAGCGAACAUUCUCACUCUUUGGAUCUGGUUUAAUUUCAUGCCAAAGGCUAUUUCUGUUUUCAUCUGCAAGUACUUAUGCAUACUAUAUUAUUUGUUGCAAUGCCUUUUAAAUUUUC